AUGUCAUCACCAAUUAUAGAUACACCACCAAAAUCACAUGAAGUUAGAGUAGAGUCUAAUGUUGCAGGUAGUGGAGAAGAUCAUGUUGUUGCCAAUGAGAUUGUGUUGAUCUUGGAUGCCGGAUCACAGUAUAGUAAGGUGAUUGACAGACGUGUCAGAGAGUUGUGUGUAGCCUCUGAGAUUCAUCCUUUCGAUACCAAGCUGGCACCGUUGUUGGCUAGAGGUAAUGUACGUGCAAUCAUCAUCUCUGGUGGACCAGAGUCGGUCUACUCUGCAAAAGCACCUGCCUACGACCCAUUCCUUUUCGAUCCAUCACUAGGUGUACCAGUCCUCGGUAUCUGCUACGGAAUGCAACUGAUGACACAUCUACUCGGUGGUAAAGUAGAGAAGAAAGAUCAUCGUGAAGAUGGUGUACAUAAUAUACAUAUUAAAGGUAAUUCUGAAUUGUUUUAUGGUUUGGAAAAGAGUGAAAGAGUUUUGUUGACACAUGGUGAUAGUGUUACUCAAGUUGCACCGGGUUUCACUGAGAUUUGUCUUAGUGAGGGUGGUGUUAUUGCUGGUGUCGAGAAUGUCGCCAGUGGAAUGUAUGGAUUGCAAUUCCAUCCAGAGGUCGACUUGACAGAGAAUGGAAAGUCGAUUCUAAAGAACUUCUUGUUGCGUAUUGCCAAGUGUAAGGCUGACUAUACUCUUGACGAUCGUGAACAUCAAGCUAUCAAGUAUAUCCGUGAGACUGUUGGUGACGGUAAGGUGUUGGUACUGGUCAGCGGUGGUGUAGACUCGACUGUAUGUGCCGCUCUGAUUGCCAAGGCGAUCGGACCAGAGCGUGUCAUCGCAUUGCACAUCGAUAAUGGUUUCAUGCGUCACGAAGAGAGCGCACGUGUCGAACAAGCACUGAAAGUACUUGGUUUGCGUUUGAUCGUUGUCGACGCCAGUCAGACAUUCUACAACUCGACAACCACCAUCAAGGGUGUAGUGACCGAGCAGCUCAAGAUAACCGUACACCCAGAGGAGAAGCGUAAGAUCAUUGGUGAUACUUUUAUGAAGGUGGCAGACGAUGAAGUUAGAAAGCUAGGUUUGAAUCCAAACGAAGUGUAUCUCGCUCAGGGAACACUGCGUCCCGAUCUCAUUGAGAGUUCCUCCAAGACGGUUUCCGGUGUUGCCGACGUCAUCAAGACACAUCACAACGACACAGAACUAGUAAGAUUGCUACGUGAAACCGGUCGUGUUGUCGAGCCGCUGCGUGAUUACCACAAGGAUGAAGUCAGAGAGCUCGGUAAGAAUCUCGGAUUGUCUGAGGAUUUGGUAUGGCGUCAACCAUUCCCUGGUCCAGGUUUGGCAAUUCGUAUUCUCUGCUCAGACAAGCCAUACGUCGAUGCACAAUUCGAUACCACAAGAGAGGUUCUCAGUUAUAUCGUUACUGGCAAUGCCGCCGAUACUCUCGACCAAGCCACAAGAGGAAAGAUCGAUGCUCAACUCCGUGACAUGUCGUGCUACGAGAAGGUUCGUGCCAUAAGCGGAAUCACUCCAUUGUUGUUGCCAGUGCAGACUGUCGGAGUACAAGGAGACGGUCGUACCUAUUCCUAUUUGGUAGGAUUGACUCAACAGACACCAAACUGGACAGAGUUGUUCCAGUUGGCAAAGAUCAUUCCCAAGUUGUGCCACAAUGUCAAUCGUGUCGUCUAUGUAUUUGGCGAGCCAGUUGCCAAUCCAGUGAUCCGCUCGAUCACCACCACUCGUUUGCAACCCGAUACAAUCUCACAGCUACAGAUUGCCGAUGCCAUUGCCAAUGAGAUUCUCCAGAAAUACAAACUGAUUAGAACACUCAGUCAGGUACCCAUUAUUUUAUUCCCAAUCGAUUUCGACACUGAAAACUCUGGUAAGCGAUCGAUUGCCAUUCGUACUUUUAUUACCAACGAUUUUAUGACUGGUGUACCAGCAGUUCCCAACCAACAGAUUCCAGAGGAAUGUUUAAGAGAGAUGGUCGAUGCUAUUCUAGCGAAAACACCAAACAUCAGCAGAGUUGUAUUCGAUCUAACAUCAAAACCACCAGGAACAACUGAAUGGGAAUAA